AUGGCGGCUCCCAAAACAAAUUUGGCUGUCUUUCGAGGUUUAAUCAGAGAAUUACGCCGUAUUUACGGUAAGGAAAAAUUUCAUGAUGCCCCAGCUUACACCUUCUUGAAGGAUCUCUACCAAAAACAUAACUUGACAAGCGAAAAAUACUGCAGGGAUAAGUUUGACUUGAUGUACCAAGCAAACACCUAUCUUUUGUAUUUACAAAGCACAAGGAAACAUCAGGAGAUUUCUGCCCAAUACAAAGGUUCUGGUGAAAAAGGAAUUGAAGAAACUGCCAAAAUGGUUGGCUUCAAUCUUCCCCAAACGCCAGCAAAUGAUACCAAAAAAAGCCAUCACUCAAUAACAUUAACUGUGAACACUAUCUAUCUAUCUAUCUAUCUAUCUAUCUAUCUAUCUAUCUAUCUAUCUCAGUGGCUUCGUAUCUCUCCUUCUCUCUCUCUAUCUCUCUAUAUAUAUAUCAAUUUGUUCAUCUCUCUCUCCCCUCUCUCUAUAGAGAGAGAGAGAUGA